AUGUCCGACGCGAACUAUGGCACGCUGAACGGCUCGCGCCUGCCACCAGCGAGACUACCGACCGGCCGACUGUUCAGCCGCACCGACGAGGAAGCGGUGCACCUGCUGCACAAAGAUGACAAGCCGCCUACUGUCGCCGACCGGCUCGCCGCUCACUUCAACCAGAAUGUGCGCAAGGACUGGGCCGAUCUGCUGCUGCUGUCCUGCUACGUGAUCACGGGACUGCUCGACAGCAGCAGUGUCUACACAUUCGGCUCCUUCGUGUCCAUGCAGACGGGCAACACCAUCUACGUCGGCACUGGCAUUGUAGCACCGACGCAAGAUGACCGCUGGAUCCGAGCCCUCACUUCCAUCAGCUUCUUUUGCUUCGGCAGCUUUGUAUUCGCGAGGUAUCAUCGCUACAUGGGAGCCAAGAAGCGCUGGGUGAUCGUGCUCUCUCUGAUACUGCAGGCCAUCUGCAUUGGAAUCGCGGCAACCAUGGUCACCAUUGGACCCAAGAUUACUCCCAAAGGAGAAUUGAAUCGCUGGGUCGUAUUGCCACUGGCCCUGAUCGGUUUUCAAGCCGCUGGACAGGCGUACUUGAGCAGAGUUCUCACGUUCAAUGCAUUGACCAGCGUUGUCCUCACAUCCAUCUACCAUGACCUAUUCGCGGACGCGGAGCUGUUCUCCAUGCCAAGGAGCAACAUCGAGCGUAAUCAGCGCGCUGGAGCCGUGGCGCUCUGUCUCGUCGGGGCCGUAGCAGGAGGCUUCUUCGCACACAGCUCUAUCGGACUGGCGGGAGCAUUGUGGACAGCUACAGGGCUGAAAGUCGUCAUAAUUAUCAUGUUUUCCAUAUGGAAGGCAGAGAGCUCAGCUUGA